AUGUUGCGUCUUGGAGCUAAAGCAAUGUCUAAUUUGGCGAAACAAAGGUAACUUGGGUAUUUUCUAACACUAUUUAUAACUUUGUAUGACUUUAAACCACAUUUUUGAUCACUUCCAGCCUCCAUAUUACCCUUUCCACCAGGGCUAUGAAACACGGCCCUGAGGGCAAGAUCUAUCGCCUCUGGUUUGAUGACGUCAAAAAUAAUCGAAUAGAUUUGAAGACCUUCGAACAAUGGCAUCAAGGGUUGAAAGCGGCUAAUGAGGACCCGAACACAGUGAUUACUGUCAUUUCCGGGCGUGGGAAAUUCUAUACCGCCGGCUCGGACCUCAACGGAUUCCGAGGUGAGAAUUUAAAAUUUUUUAUGCGCAGGUUUCGAUAAGGCUUGAGUAAAUUUAGCAUAGAAAGAGACAUUGGUUUUCGGAUCAACUAGUAUCAGGUUGUAAUGGUUAAUAUAAUUUUUGAUGAGAAAUAAGCUGUUUUUGUCCGAAAAAUCACAUGGUAGGUGUACGUUGUCAAAUACGGUGCCCGUAAUGAACUGUGACUAGUUUUACUAGACUAAAAUAUGCAUUUCAAUCAAAUUUUUCAUAUAUAAUGAAAAAUUUUUUCGGUAAUAUAAUCCUUUGGCAAUUUCAAAAAAUUAUUGCUUCUUUCGAUUCAAAAAUACAGUUCCUUGCUUCCACUCUAGGUCGAUCCAGAGUCUUACUUCGUCAGCUCUUUUCGGUCCCAACCUCUGAUCAUCUUUUUGCUUUUCAUUACGGUUUGAGGCGGGAAAUUCGCGUAUCCCUGAACAAUCCUCGGCUUCAGCUUGUUAAUUGGCUUCCGGCAAAACUUGAGAGAUCAAACGGUUAUUUUUUUGCAAGCUUCGGUCGCGCUGAAUGUCCUGCCGAAAACCAAAAAUUCGGACGCCAAGAAUAGGAUUUUCUAGUUUUUGACAAAUCUUAAUUUAACCAGGAACUUGCUUACAUUUGCGUUUCCCAAUGAUGGGAAAAGCAUCCUUCGGAGAAGUGCGGCCAAGACGAAGAACUUGACAGAUUUUGAUAAAUCUAUGGAAAAUAUACGGCUUUUUAAGUCCAAAUACGGGCAGAAAAGUCGAAAACGUCAAGAAAACAUUGUUUUUAGGUCUCGAAACAGACGAGCAACGCACCGAGCUGGCCAAGAAAGUCAUGUAUGGCCCGGUUUCCGGACUGAUCAGCGAGUUCAUCGACCACAAAAAGCCGAUCAUCGCGUUGAUCAACGGCCCUUGCAUUGGGAUUGGCGUCACCACUUUGCCGUUUUGCGACUCAGUGAUCACGUCGGAAUCGGUAAGUACGUAUAGUAAAUUGGAAUCUCAAAAUUUUUGUUCGCUAAAGAGGGAUUUCAUUGUACGGAGUCUAAACUUGCUCCAAGUUUCAUCAAAAUCUCUCAACUUUUUUAUCCCAAUUUCUCUCUAAUUGUCCCUUUUUUAGGCUUAUUUUCUGACCCCAUUUGUCCGUCUUGGCUACACUCCCGAAGGAUGCUCUUCUCGUCUGUUUGCCAAGACUAUGGGAUACGCAAUUGUAAGCAAAUUCCUUGUUAAACUAAUUUAAGAUCUGUCAAAAAUUUAAAAAAUCCUCUUCUAGGCGUCCGAAUUUUUGGUUUUCGGCCGAAAAUUCAGCGCGGCCGAAGCCUACAAUUGCCAUUUGGUUUCUCAAGUUUUGCCGGAAGCCAAUUUCCAAUCUCAGGCCGAGAAGAUCGUUCAGGAAUACGCGAAUUUGCCGCCUCAGACCAUGAUGAAAAACAAAAACAUGAUCAGAGGUUGGGACCGGGAAGAGUUGAAGAAGGUAAACGAAGAAGAAUGCAGGAUCGAAGUGGACCAAUGGAUCGAACCAGAGUGCAAGCAAGGAACUACUGCGUUUUUGAAUCGAAAGAGACAAUAA